ACAUCAGACCACCGAUCUACACAGAAGAUUUCCAAAAUGAAAGGUUACUUCAUCUUCGCUGUCUUGUUGAUAGUCACCAUCGGAACCGAUCUGGUUUUCGGCGACUGCCCUUCCGCAAGAUUUAAAGGACCAUGUUUUGCAUGGAGCGCUGAAACCUGCCGCAGGGUGUGCAAGGAAUCAGGAGGAGUCAGUGGUCAUUGUAGCUUUUGGACAUUUAUGUGUUGGUGUGAAGGAGGAGGAUGCUAGCGAGAAGGCACUACCGUUAGACUAUUGGACAUUUUUGGUAAAAUGUAUUGCGUUUUUGGUAAAAUUAAUAUACCUAUCACCAUAUUGACAAA